AUGGCAAUCUUGGCUCACGAGAAUACUUUGCUGCGACUGACCGAUGCUAUAACGGAUGUGCAUAACGUCAAGCUUUUGAACUCAACAGAUCAAUCAGUUGAUGCUUCGAUUUCACUUGCUCGCCUUUUGGUUGCUUACACAAAGCCCUUUGAAAUGGAUGCCAUUGAGACGACGCUCGACUACUUUUACAUUAUCAAGGAUCAAAAGACUGCACUAGGACGUGAUAUCUUCGAAUCAGCUGUCUCUCGAGUGCUCUACCUCACCGGGGAAGUUCGGAAAGUGAUUGGCGAAAUUAAAAGCUCAAAGCGAACUCCGGCCUUGAUUGAUAAUUACGACAUUGAUGCCAAGGCGGUGAUGACUCGCGUAGCUGAGGACACGGAACUAUCGGGAAACGCGGAUCAAACCAUUGAGAUUUUGCACACGUGUGGUGGAGAUGAUCGAGCAAUCACUGUGAUGUGCAAACGACUCGAUGAAGCAAUCACACAAAAUGACGAGAAGCUGCGCAAAAAGCUGAUUUGUGCUGCACAAAAGCUUGCAAAAGAUGCACCUGCCGCUUCACAUGAACGGAUUCAAGCAUUA